AUGUCCGGUUCAACACGAGUUCAACUGAACUUGAGUUCAACUGAACUGAGGUUCAAUUCAUCCGUCCGUUUUACAAACACCGCUAUCGUCCGGUUCAGCUGAACCACAAAUUUCCUUAGGUUGGUAGCGCGCACCCGAGAAUCUGACAGUUGAGACCACGUUGGGAGCACGUUGGAAGUGUGUUGUUGUUGUCAUCUAUGUCAUCAUGUCACAUUAUUAUAAAUUAUUUGUGACAAAUUCUGCAAAGUAAUUAGUUUUUUGCGUUACUGGGAUGAGUAAUACACGUGCUCCGAAUUUUACAAAAUCCGAAGAAAACUUGCUCCUAUCUUUAGUAAGCAAGUAUAGAAAUAUUCUGGAGUGUAAAUUGUCCAACACUGAUGCAAAUCAAAAAAAAAAAAAAAUCAGUGUUGGAAGAAAAUUGAAGUAGAGUUCAAACAACAAAGUAUUGAGGCCACCGAUGUUGAUGUGGCUGUAAAAGAAAUUCUCGGGGCCAAACCAAUGGGGCAUAGCAGCGAAUUUGAUGGCGAUUCCGAAACAACCUCAUUCCAAAGUAACAGCGGUAUAAUCUGUCUGAUGACGAAAAUGAUGAUUGUUUUAUGCCAAAAGAUCAAACCGGAGCAAUUUCGAGAGAAGUGCCUGUUAUGGAUAAAAUAAGUGGUCCCAAUAAAGAAAGUGGUAAACAUUAAUAAUAAUCAAAUAUGGUUAUUUUUGUAGAAAAUGGUCAAACUGGGAAUUGGGCUAAAUACUCCCCCAAAAUCUUGAAGCAAAAAAAAUUUUCAGCACUCACGCCAUAUCGCAGAGGUAAAGGAAACCAGACAAGUGAUAAUUUAGAGCAAUGUGCCGCUGCCAAAGAACUUGUCGAACUAAGUCGAAAGGAAUACAUCCAAAAGGAGCAAGAGUUUAAAUUAAAAGCCAUGAAAGAGAAACAUGAACUAGAAAUGCAAAUUAUGAGAGACAAAGCUGCACUUGAAUUAGAAGUAAUAAAGCAGAACACCAAAUGAAGAUUGAAAUAUUAAUUGCCCAAAAAUUUAAUAUUUUAAAUAAUAAAACUUAAAUAAAUAAUUACAUUACA